AGUCGGAAUUGUUUAUGUGUUGCGCAUUGGUGCAACAAUGAAAUGGACACAGAAAACAAAGCAACACGCAGGGUAGCGCACUUAACGUCACAGGCACAGCCACGAAAGAAUGGAGACAGAAGCUGAUGCAUUUUACCGAGAGCUGCCAAAGGUGGAGCUGCAUGCCCACCUCAACGGUUCUAUAAGUUCCGCCACAAUCGAGAAACUUAUCGCCCGCAAGCCUCAUCUCAACAUUGGACACAGCAUGACAGCUAUUCAAAGUGGACAACGCAGGACGCUGGAGGAAUGUUUUCAGGUAUUCAAAGUAAUUCAUCAGUUAGUGGAUUCAGAAGAGGAUAUUUUAAUGGUUGCAAAAGAUGUCAUAAAGGAGUUUGCGGAUGAUGGAGUAAAGUAUUUAGAACUGAGAAGUACACCAAGAGAGGAGAAAAACACUGGAUUGACCAAAAAAAACUACGUGGAAACAAUCAUUGAGGCCAUUCACCAGUGUAAAAAGGAGGGAGUUGACACUGAAGUCAGGUUCCUCGUAGCUGUUGACCGCAGGAAUGGUACUGAAGUGGCUAUGGAGACUGUCAAACUGGCAGAGGAUUUCAUGCUGUCCACUAGUGGUUUGGUGGUCGGGCUUGACCUGAGCGGAGAUCCAACGGUUGGCCAUGGCAAAGAUCUACUUCCUGCCUUGGAGAAAGCCAAGCACAGUGGGCUGAAACUAGCACUGCACAUGUCAGAGGUCCCCUCUCAGAUGGAGGAGUCUGAUUUGCUGCUCAACAUUCCACCUCACAGGAUUGGUCAUGGUACAUUUUUACACCCUGAAAUGGGCGGGUCCCAGAGCCUUGUUGAUAAGGUUCAGAAGAACAACAUACCUCUGGAAUUAUGUCUGACCUCUAACGUCAAGGGUCAAACGGUGCCAUCCUAUUCCCAACACCACUUCCCUUAUUGGUACCAGUCAGGACACCCCUGUGUGAUCUGUGUGAGUCUGCUUUAUACUUGCAACCCUGGCACAGGGACUAACAGGGUAAAGUGCAAACUGACGACAAGGGAGUCUUCUGCACGGACCUCUCUCUGGAGUACCAGCGGGCCGCCUCCACCUUUGGGCUGAGUCAUGAAGCCAUGUGGAAGCUGUCCCAGCAGGCCAUAGACUGUAGCUUCGCACCGGACGCUCUGAAGGAUCAGCUGAAGCAGAAGUGGACAGAGCUGCGGCCAGCAGUACUUCGCUAACAGUUUUUUUAGUCAAUCAUCUACAGCAGUGGUUCUCAACCGUGGUCCUUAGGGCGCCUGUCCUGCAUGUAUAGACUUUUCCCUGUGCCAACACACCUGAUUCGAAUGAAUGGGUCGUUAUCUAGCUAUGCUGAAGCCUGGUAACAACCUUUCAUUUGAAUCAGGUGUGUGAGCACUGUUCUACCCUGGGUAACCCCGUAGGUGUACUUGGUGUGAGUAGAGGAUAAAGCUCUUAAUAAAAUAAAGAGGAACUAGAACUUU